AUGGCUCAAUCUCUGACUGUACAUGGUAAUGGAGAGUACAGCAAAUGCAUCAGUGUAGCUACAUCCUGUACUAAGAGCUGCAGCGCAGUCCCCAACACCUAUGUGCUAAUCUUUGCCUGUACCUGUGGGCUGAUCCUGGGCAUCGGCUUCUGUGCCAACUUACUGGUCUUCUCCCUGUUUGCCAAAUACAACACCCUUCGUAAGAACCGUCUGGACAUCCUGCUUCUGAGCAUGGCUCUGGCUGACUUCCUCACCCUGCUGCUCAUCCCCUUCACUCUGGAUUCUGCCAUGAGCCACUCCUGGCCCCUUGGGGACACUUCCUGUAAGGUCUACCAGUUUCUCAUGGCCUUUUCUCUGGCAGCAAGCACCUACUCCCUGUGUGCCGUGUCCAUAACCCGCGCCAUGAUCAUCACCAACCCAUACCACCCGCCUACCAUGGACCUGGUCGUCCUGAUGUUCAUCCUGGUCUGGGCUCUCAGUUUCUUCAUCAGCUUGCCCCUGCGUAUAUUUGCCACUAAGGAGAGCCUGAGCCCUGGGCAGGUCAACUUUACCUUCUGCCUGCCUACCAUCCAAGAGCACCACUACCAGGUUAUCCUCAGCCAAUUUGUGCUCUAUUACUUUGUCCCAAUGCUGGUCAUCGCCUUCAACUACGUUCGCCUAGCUGUCUUCCUUCAUAAGAGUCCAGUCAUGUCCAUAGCAAGUGCCAGGAACACCCGGCGUGCCUCCCUAAUGGUGUUCCUGGCAGCGGGAACCUUCUCUGUGUGCUGGCUCCCAGGCUACGUGCUGGAGCUGUGCGUUUAUUUGGGGCUGUACCACCACGGCCAAGCCUGGGAGAUGUUUUACUUCACCUGCACCGUGCUCCAGUACCUGCACCCCUGUGUCAACCCUGUGCUGUACGUACUGCUCUCUAAGCGUUACCGCCACCGGAGGGCAGUCUGGCUCUUUAACUGUAACAGGAACAGAGUGCAGCCGCAGGUCAUCAGUGUCACAGAGAUCUUCUAG